UCUGCGGUGAUGUGAAACCGGAGGUCAUCAAUGCGAUCCAUCGGUUGCCAUUAGCUGUCAUCUUCACAUCUUUGUAUUUCUUUUUGAUUGUUCUGUGUGAAUAUUCCUCCUUCGUCGGUUAAAUCUCACUAACUGCGCAAUCUAUUUGUGGAAGGCUUCUAAAAUUCACAUUUCCAUUAGCUUCUUCAAUUCUCUGUUAGGGUUUCCGUUUCAUGUGAUCUCAAUUUCCAAUUUCGAUUCAAUUUUGUGUAGAACUAGGUUUCCUAAUAUUUAGGGGAUAAUUUUUUGAGUUGUUGAGUAGAGAUGUUCUAUGGAUCGGUGGUGUGGGAUCCUUGGCUCAUUGUUGCACAAAUCGUGUGCCUUCAGUGCCUCUACUACUUGAUUCUGGGGAUAUUCAUGGGCGUUCUAGUCGGAACUCGAGUCUCCCGAAUGAGCCUUGUUUAUUUCUUUGAUUACGCCAGUAUUACUGCCGCCACUGUCACCGGGUGGUGUGUCAUUGCUUCGUUUAUUCUAAGCUCAAUUGUGGGGGCUGGCUUCUUAGUCUAUCUGAUUGAGAGAGCAAAGAAGUGCUUGGAUUUUUCUGCCACCUUAUACAUCCUUCAUCUUUUUAUAUGCAUUGUGUAUGGAGGUUGGCCUUCCUCAUUAGCAUGGUGGGUUGUGAAUGUUACUGGGUUUGCAAUAAUGGCCUUGUUAGGUGAAUACCUGUGCAUAAAGCGUGAAUUGCGAGAAAUUCCAAUAGCAAGAUACCGUCCAAAUGUUUGAUUCCAUAGGUGUUGACUCACAGGCAAUGAACAAAUUACGUGUUUAGUUUGUGCUGGCAGCUUUUGUUUCCAAUGGAGAUGAUCCUGCAUGAAGCUUGUGAAAUGUUUUGCAGCUUUUGUACAUGAUAUGUUUUCCACACUGGAAGGCUGUGUCAAAGCAUAACACACACACUUGGUUAAAGACAAGGAAAAAGAAAGUGCGUGACGAAGUAGAACUUAGACAUUUGAUGAAUACAGUUAGAGAAUGUUGGGAAAGGGUGGAUAGAUUUCAAGUACUUAACGAUUUUUUUGAUGCCUUGCUGCAAGUUGGAGUUAUGUGUUGUAAACUCAAAUUGGCAAUUGCCCUUUGCUCAGAAUUACAUAUUACUUUCAUUGUCAACAGUUA